AUGGCCGAUAAGCAGUUAAAGUUGAAAAGGGCAUUGGUGAGCAUGGCCGGUCGUCGAUUUGGGUCAAUGCUCUCUGACGGGGUUGUUGUGCGCAUAUCAAAUGCGUUGUUCAAGUCCUCGCUGGUGAAAGGUGCAAAGACUGUCUAUGCCAAGCCGAUUUCAAAGUUCGAGAUCAGGAAAGGUGAAAAAUGGGCAGUCUGGGGUAAGGAGAAGGGUACAUUUUUGAAUGUCUUGGGGAAUAGAUAUUUGUGUGAACCUCCACUAUCGUUACAGUAUGGCCGUACUCGAGAAUCUGCACCACACGUCGAGCAGGUUUCUUUCAAAGGUGUGAUGCCAACGGCCCAUUUAAGUGCACGAUAUGAACACUUUAAAGAUGAGUUUGAUCAAACAUGCAAAAAAUUUAUACUGGAUAAUGCCAUUGGUUCGAAUGCAGUGUCCUAUGAUGUGGAGACUACAGGUCGGAAAGUGAAUAUGAAACUGUAUGAUAAACUCAUUAAAGAAUUGAAAUUGACUGAGCUACAGGACAGAUGGGCCAUGGGAUUAAGUAAUGGUCAGAUGAGAAGAGCCAGGCUCGCCUAUAGUUUACUAAAGGAACCGGAUAUUUUGCUGAUAGAUGAUCCUUUCCUCGGUCUGGAUCCUACUGCCACUUCCAUCAUCUCUAAAUUCUUGAAAAACUACCAGGAUGAGCAAAACUGCUCAAUAAUUGUUGGCCUAAGGGUCCAGGAUGAGAUUCCACAGUGGUGCACGCACAUUUGCUAUCCAGAUGAGAAUGAAGGUAUCCUGUUCCAGGGUCCAAUAGAUAAGUUUCAGGAACAAAUUGCAAACAUAAGAGAGAAACGUGCAUUAGAGCUACAGAUGCAAAAAGGUUCAACAGUUUACUCAGUGGAAGACCUAUUAUCGUCACAUCCAAUGUACAAGAAACCACAUCAUGAAAUUGUCAGGAUGCCUCAUACUCUCGAAUUGAAAGGCUUGGAAGUUCAAUACAAGGGUUCACCGGUGCUACAAGAUCUCCACUGGCAAGUUGCGCCAGGUUCUAAAUGGCAUAUUAGAGGUGAUAAUGGAACAGGGAAAUCUACUUUGCUGUCAUUGAUCACCGCAGAACAUCCGCAAUCCUGGAAUUCCAAAGUCGUUGAGAAUGGUGAACCAAGGAGAACUGGUAGAACAAACUACUUCGAUAUCAACCAACGAAUUGGGAUGUCGUCUCCAGAAUUACAUGCUAUACUCUUAAAGAAUGCCGGAGACAGAUUAAACGCGAAGGAAGCUAUUGCGACAGGGUUCCAUGAUGCCUCUUCCAAUAACUUUAUACCGACUUGGAAGCAUCUGGAUCAUACAAAGCAGUUACUGAUUGAAAUGUUCUUGAACUACUUCCAUUUGGAGAACAUGGAAAAAACGCCAAUCGGUCAGUUAAGCGUCAGUGACCAGAAGCUUAUACUAUUCAUCAGAAGUCUAAUUAAGAUGCCAGAAGUACUUAUCCUCGACGAAGCCUUCUCUGGCAUGGAUUGGGAGCCAAUGAUGCGCUGUCACGAGCUAUUGAAUCGUUGGCCGGGCACUGUUUUCGUGGUAUCGCACGUAGGGGAAGAAACACCUAUCUGCGACCACUACUUGAGACUCAUUGCACCGGGAGACUACGAGAUCGGCGAUGUAAACCACGAUGAUCUUUAA